CUCCCCGUUUUGUCUUGACGCGUCGUCUUUUGUUCGCCCAGCAUGGCCCCUGCCCCUAGAAAGUCCGAGGCUGAGAUCGAUAAGCCGGACCCCAGGGCGCCCCAUAUAAUCCUGCGCACCCUCCCCUCGCUCUCGUUCUCUACCCCCACACACUCGAUUCGCGUCCAACUGUCCUUCCACUCCCCUCCGCCAGUCAAGCAAUUCCCGAUGUCGGUAUUUGGUGCCAGCCUCGAUUCCCACAGUAUCAUCUCUUCAAGCACGGAGCGUAGCGCGCCGUACUCUGGGAGCGAGGAGAGUCGUCCUGGCUCGCGUCUCUCUGGGUCGAACUCCCCCAUCGAUUUGCCGACGUUGCGGAACGCUGUGAACGAACUGAAAGCUUGCCAGGCGACGAAAGAUGACGUGGGCGCCGUUAUGGCGGUACACAAUGCGUUCCAAGAGACAACCACUACUCGGUUCGAUGGCGUGGACCAGAGUAUCGCUCAGUUGCAGGGCGAAAUUGAAUCGACGAGGGAGAAGCUGCAGAGGCAGAUCCGAGCAGUCGACCAGAACGCUAAAACCCAACGGGAGGAAAUCUACAGGAACUUCUCCAUCAUUCAGAAUAACCAAGUGAAUAUGGACUACAACCUGAGACAGAUUGGUACAAUCCUGAGUAAGCUCGCUGAUAGCGAAAUUACGUUUCUCCCUCCCCCCGCGCCAAUUGUCGCUGUUUUGGAGCCGGAGUCACCCCUGGACCCGCUCGACUUUGGUCACGACGCUCGGAGUGAUGAUGAUACCACUUCCCUCAGCCCUUCCUCUCCCACAAGUCCCUCCUCUCCCACAAGUCCCUCCUCUCCCACAAGUCCCUCCUCACCUGCGAGCCCUUCCUUCCUUACCCGAGCACGCAGACGUGUGACGAAGAGCGUGGAGGACUUCAAGGCCAAAAGGAGCACGAGCAGGGGCGCGAAGCUCCCCACACCGCGUUUGGAGAUUGUCCCACUUCCUCCCCUCCGCCCGUACUCCGACCCCGAGGAGGACGAAUCGCCCGUCGCGGGUCCGUCAACUCAGAUCCAAUCGCAGACCCCCGCGUCGCCGACCGUGCUGGGUGAGCCUAUUGUGCGCUAUCGGGAGUAGAUGCACGCUGGAUGCAUGCAACGGUCGCGGCGGUAUGUGCGCAACGAAUGUACCCGCGUGUCCCGCAAACUGCUAUACACCUCCCCGCUCCCUCGUCCAUCAAGUGGCAACCCACAACGUCCUCGCUUUCCAUUCGCCCAUCGACUGUGUCUCGUUUUUGAAUGUUUGUACUGAUAACCGCUCUCACCCCGCUCGUUUGCCCCUGCUCUAUGAUUCCCGCAUUCCUCGCACAUGUUCUCCGUCUCUCCCCGCCUCGCCUCGCCUCGUCCAACGCUCUGUUAUUUUCCAGAUUCCAUCGCGGACACUCGCGCGUGCGCCAACAUCCGCUCCACACUCGUUUAGCGUUCAUCCUUGUAUACUCCGG